GCACCAUUACCACCAAUAUCUUAAAUUACAGUUUCAUUCUUUAAGUCCCCACAGAAACAGCGCAACACUGAUAUUUCUGUGACAUAAUUUUAAAUAUUUGUAUUUGGGGUUUUUUUCUGUAUGUGAAGAACAAAAGAAUCAUAAAUACCCUAUAGAUUUAAAGUUUGGAAAGCUCUGAAAAGUGUAAAUACAUAAAUAUGUUCAGUCUCAUUUUAAGCAGUAAACCUUUCAGUGGUAAACAAUAUUUUUUAGAAUUGACUUUAUUGUAAGUUCAUUGUGCACUAGUGAAAUGAACAUGACAUGACCAAUGAGGUUAAGGUGUUAAAGAGCUUUGAUAAGGGUUCCCCUCCUUCCCCCUUUUUUGAUCCAAAUGUUGGACUUGCAAAUAAAUACUUCCAUGUCACAAUGCUACCCCCCCCACCUGACCUGAGCCUGCAGGAGUUAGGUCGUCCUGUUAUCUGAACCUACAAAGUGCAGACCUCCUUGGCUUAUAGUUAUUCUUCUGUUAUUCCAAAUAAACAGAAUAAAAAGAAUAAUGUUUGUUGUUGCAAUUUUAAAUUUGGUUAUAUAAGAAGCACAUAGUUAAAGCUGAAGCCAGAAAGUAUCCUUAGAAUAUAUCCUAUUAUGCAAAUCUAUGGCAGAAACAUUGUGUGUAUAGGGUAUGUAUUUGUGCAUAGAUAACUGGUCAUGAUAAGAUUAGAGUAGAUUGAACGUUAUUAAUCUCACACUGGUCAAAUUGGUGAAACUGGAGAAAUUGUAAAAUAAAGAUAAUUAUGUAGUGUACAGUCUGCUUACACAAGAAAUAACACCCAGGGUUUAUGUUUAUGUGGGACUAUGUGUUUUAACCAAGACAUACAUAUUAAUCAGAUGCAUUAUCUUGUUAAAAAGGUUUUUUUUUUUUAACAAGAUAAUGCAUCUUAUAUAAUAUACACUACUUAUAUAAUAACUUGAUUUUAAUGCAGUAUAGCAGCGGUCCCCAACCUUUUUGUACCACAGACCAGUCGGCCGGUAUCAGCCACUUCUGCAGACCGGUAAUGCCACGCCAUUGUUGAAGGAUCAUUUAAAUUUUCAACAUCUUUUAGGCUUUAUUCUGUUAGAGUCUGAAUGACUUAUUGUUCUGAAACAUUGCCAAAUUAUCUUUUAAUAAAAAAGAUAAAGGGAUAUGACUGGAUUCUUUUUGAAUGUGGUAGUAAAACUAAAGUACAUUUUACCAAGUACCAAGUGACCUACGGACCGGCACCGGUUGGAGACCCCUGCAGUAGAGCAUCAGUUCUGUAAAACUAUGUUCUUGAAAAUCCAUACCCAAACAUGUCUAUGUGGUCAAAAUUGUUUGAUGACAAAUAAGUUUCAAGGUCACACAAACCUGUAACCAGGUUUUUGUGACCUAAAUGUGAUGUUUAGCAAUGUCAACCUGUUGUGCAGUUCAAUGACCUGAUAGGACAAAGUCAUUCCACUAUCCCAACCCAUCUUUUGGUGAAUGUGCAUAAAGCCUUAUCAAAUCCUUGCAUAAUACACAUAGAACACGUGUGUGGCUAAAGAGAAAUAAGAAAGUUUGAUUGGAUGUGGUUGGGAUGUUGGGGUGUGGCUUUUAAAAAAGUCUAAUGACUUAUAAAUGGGGAACUCAAAUACGUGUUUCACUUGGGGACGAACUGCUUCAAAACCAUGAUGAAGUUUAGGAGUGCCACCUAUUUGGUGGUACUAGUAGUGCUAUUGCUAGAAAAUGUAGACAGUCAGGAUUCACUAUGGAUGAAACCUUCAAUACCAGGGGUAAAAGGUGGAACUCCUCAGAACCCACAGGUUGAAGAGCCAAACUAUCCUUACGAUCCUCAGAGGCCUCAAACUCAGCCGGUUCCACUGCCAAUCUAUCCUAGCAAUCCUCAGAAGCCAGAGGUCCAACCGGUUCCACAGCCAAACUAUCCUUACAACCCUUCAAAGCCACAAGUUAGCCAGUCCCCGCCAGUCCCCCAGCCACAGUAUCCCCAGAAGCCAGAGGUCCGACCGGUUCCCCAGCCACAGUAUCCCCAGAAGCCAGAGGUCCGACCGGUCCCCCAGCCACAGUAUCCCCAGAAGCCGGAGGUUCGACCGGUUCCACAGCCACAGUAUCCCCAGAAGCCAGAGGUCCGACCGGUCCCCCAGCCACAGUAUCCCCAGAAGCCGGAGGUUCGACCGGUUCCCCAACCAUACUAUCCUCAGAAGCCAGAGGUCCAACCGGUUCCACAGCCACAGUAUCCCCAGAAGCCAGAGGUCCGACCGGCUCCCCAGCCACACUACCCCCAGAAUCCAUAUCCCUACCAGCCUCAACGUCCAAAUGUGAAUCCAGGCCAAAAGCCAAACCCUUAUCAGCGCCAGCCAUUGAUCCGACCAGCACCAAAGCCUCAAUAUCAUCAAAUAUAUAGUGAUCAGACUCCUCAGGAACCAAGCGUUCCUCAACCGCAGCAACCACAGCAACCACAGCAACCGCAGCAACCGCAGAAACCACAGACACCUGUUGUGCCAAAGGAUCCUAAUUUUAUGAGUUGCGAGGUGAACCCCAAUUCAAGAAUUCCAUGUGGAGGUCCUGAUAUUUCCGCUGCUGGAUGUGAUGCUAUAAACUGCUGCUUUGACGGUCAACAGUGCUACUUUGGAAAGGCAGUGACCAUCCAGUGUACAAUGGACGCUCAGUUCAUUGUUGUUGUGGCCAGAGAUGCCACACUGCCCAACAUUGACCUUGAGACAAUCUCAUUGUUGGGAAGUGGUCAAAAAUGUACACAUGUGGACUCUAAUUCAGAAUUUGCCAUUUACCAGUUUCCAGUUACCGGUUGUGGCUCUGUUGUUAUGGAGGAGCCGGGUGUUAUAGUCUACGAAAACAGAAUGUUGUCCUCAUUUGAGGUUUUAUAUGGGGACCGUGGAGAGAUCACCAGGGACAGUCAUUUUGAACUGCUUUUCCAGUGUAGGUACACUGGCACUAGUGUGGAAACUCUGGUCAUUGAAGUAUUACCACUGCAAGAUCCUCCUCUCCCCGCUGCUGCCAUAGGGCCUAUUAACGUACAACUGCGGUUGGCAAAUGGCGAGUGCUUCGCAAAGGGUUGUGAUGAACUACAAGCAGCCUAUACAUCUUUCUACACGGAGGCAGACUAUCCUGUCACCAAAGUCUUGAGAGACCCAGUGUAUGUGGAAGUGCAGCUGCUUGGAAAGACAGAUCCAAACCUGGUCCUAUCUCUUGGCCAUUGUUGGACAACCACAAGCCCCAAUCCUCACAGCCUGCCCCAGUGGGACAUUCUGAUAGAUGGGUGUCCAUACAGGGAUGAUCGCUACAGAUCUUCACUGGUUCCAGUUGGUCCAUCUGCUGGUGUGGACAUCCCAAGUCACCACAGGCGAUUCAUUUUCAAAAUGUUCACCUUUGUGGACACCAGCACUCUGCAGCCAAUGAAGGAGCUGGUCUACAUCCACUGCAGUACAUUUGUGUGUACUCCUUCAGCUGGCCACUCCUGCGAGCCGUCAUGCUUCAGAAGAAGGAGAGAUGUCCAAGCUGCACAGCAACAGAUGGAGUUUGACCGCAAGGUUGUAGUGUCUUCAGGACCUGUCAGCAUGGUCUCCCCGGAAGAACCCACGGAAGACUGAGCAUGACAGUUCAUUAUGACAUACUGUGAGCCAAACUAAUAAAAAAAGUGUAGUAAAGUAAAGCUGAAA